AUGCCAUAUUGGACACACGCAUACACACACCGCUCCUGCUUCAACCAGAACACCGGAUCACCCAAUUCAGAUAGACGGAAAAAACUCGCAUAAGCAAACAUGGAUUGUGGAGAAGAGGAGGUAGAUUUCAACUGGGAGGAAUAUCUUGAGGAUACUGGAGCCUCUGCUGCCCCACACACUUCAUUUAGACAUGUAGAGCUCAGUCUUCAGAGCAGUUUUCAGCCAGGAAUGAAGCUAGAAGUGGCCAAUAAAGGGAGCGUGGACACAUACUGGGUGGCCACCAUCAUAACCACAUGUGGUCAGCUGCUACUGUUACGCUACUGCGGCUAUGGUGAAGACCGCAAGGCUGACUUCUGGUGUGAUGUCAUGACAGCCGAACUACAUCCAGUUGGCUGGUGUGCGCAAAACGACAAAACACUUCAACCACCGGAAGAUAACGUUUACCUCAGAGCAGCCAUUAAAGAGAAGUACAGCGACUGGACUGAGUUUCUUAUCAAAGAGCUCACAGGGUCACGGACGGCACCUGCAAACCUGCUGGAAGGGCCAUUACGGGGUAAAAACACAGUAGAUCUGAUCAUGGAAGGCAGUAUUUUGGAGUUGCGAGAUGCCUCAGAGCCCAGCGUCUACUGGGCCACUCAAGUUCAGCGUAAUGUCGGUGGACGUUUAUGUCUCAGUUAUGUUGGAUUAAAUGACGCCGCCUACUACAUGUGGAUGUUCUACCUUGACACCAGGCUCCGCCCCCUGGGCUGGGCCAAAGAAAAUAACCUACCAAUGAAACCACCCACAGAUCUGUGUGAUUUGAGGAGCAGCUCUGAAUGGAUUGCAGCUUUAGAUGAAGCCACAGCUGAAGCUUUGAACAGCCCUCUUCCACUGGAGGUCUUCAAGGAUCAUGCUGACUUGCACACACACUCCUUCAGGGCAGGAAUGAAGCUUGAAAUGGUCUCUCCCUGGGAACCCUUCCACAUCUGCCCCGUGUCUGUGACUAAAGUCUAUAAUGAAUACCACUUUCAGAUCACUGUCGAUGACCUCACAGCUGAAGCCACGCCCACCAGUGCAGUGUGUCACGCAGAGUCUCCGGGAAUCCUGCCAGUGCAGUGGUGUCUGAAGAAUGGAGUCGAACUGGAGAGGCCAAGAGGUUUUGAGUCACAGGACUUUGACUGGGCUGACUAUCUCAAACACACCGGCACUGAGGCCGCUCCAGAUGCGUGUUUUCCAAACGCGUCUCAGAGCCGGGGUUUCUGUAAGGACAUGUGGCUUGAAGGGGUGAAUCCUUUAUAUCCUGCUGAACUCUGCGUCGCUCGCAUUACUCAGGUCAAAGGCCGUCUCCUCUGGCUCAGACUGGAAGGUCUGACAAAGCCAUUACCGGAUUGUAUAGUAGAUGUGGAGAGUAUGAAUAUUUUUCCUGUGGGCUGGUGUGAAGCAAACGGCUAUCCGCUAACACAUUCAUUAAGACUGGUCUGUCUGCCUCAGAAGAAGAUUGCUGUUGUUCAGCCUGAGAAACAGUUGGCUCCUUCACAGUCUCCUGAUAUUCCUAUUAGUCUGUGCCCAUCUGCUCCCAUGGAUUCAGGUUUGGUGAAUGGAAAGUACUGCUGCUCUCAGCUCUUCAUCAAUCAUCGCUGUUUCUCUGGUCCAUAUCUCAACAAGGGCCGAAUCGCUGAGUUACCAAAGGCUGUCGGGCCCGGAAAGUGUGCUAUAGUUCUUAAAGAGAUUCUUACAAUGUUAAUAAACUCAGCAUAUAAACCCGGCCGUGUGCUUAGAGAACUACAGAUGGUGGAAGACCCUCAGUGGAACUGUCAAGAGGAAACCCUCAAAGCCAAAUAUAAAGGGAAAAGCUAUCGGUCAACCAUGAGGAUCGUCCGGACCGCGGAUCAAGUGACAGAGUUUUGUCGUCGUGUUUGCGAGAGACUCCAGUGUUGUCUAAAUCUUUUCGGGCCUACAUUCGUAUCCGACAAGUGCCCUGAAAACUGCUCCAGUCAAACCAAAACCAAAUACACAUAUUAUAAGAAGAGGAAAGUCGGUCGGCCAAGUUUAGGGGAAAACGCACAAGAUGGUGACCUGAGCAAGCCAGCACGACGGAGGAAGAAACGCAAAGCCAUCUUUGUCCAGAAGAAACGGCGCUCUUCCAUUGUAGGAUACCACACCACAGAGUCACCUCAGGAUAGUGAUUAUAACUACGAUGAAGACGAAGAUGAGGAUUUUGAGGAAUGGGGCAGUGAGGCAAGUUCCAGCUCACUGCGUGAAGAAGCGUCUACCUUGAAUAGCCUACCGAGGAGAGGAAGACCACCACGCCGUGCUGCUCUUCAGCGCAGGAUGACCCAUCCAGGACCAGAGACCUCAGAGAGUACCUCUCCCAGAAGAACCACACGAUCGGUCUCCUACAGCCAAAACCAGAUGGCCAAAGACACAAAUGUGAAGAUGGAGAGUACCGAAGAAGAAGAUCGUCUGGUUUUGGACACUAAUCCUUUACAAUGGAGCGUUUCGGAUGUGGUGGACUUUAUUACGUCCACAGAUUGUGCCUCAUUAGCAAAGAUAUUUCAAGAACAGGACAUUGACGGACAAGCCUUGCUGCUGCUGACACUUCCAACAGUCCAAGAAUGUAUGGACCUAAAACUCGGGCCAGCCAUAAAACUCUGCCAUCAGAUCGAAAGAGUCAAAGUGGCCUUCUAUUCCCAGUAUGCUAACUAAGCUAACGUUCUGCCUCAGCGGAUAUAAAAAUCAACAAAUACCUAUAAAUGAAACUCAGGGGAUGAAAAAAAGAGUCAUUCCAUCCAUCAAGAAACCUCAGGCGGCCUCACAACCAAUGGAGACUUUUCCAUUCACUUGCCUUCAAUAUGAGAUUUAGCCAUGGAAAGGGACAUUUAUUUACAAAAACGUAGUAUCAGUAUCAGUUUGUUGCAUAGCCUUACAUCAAAUAUUCCAUUCAAAUCUUGACACUGCAGGUGAACAGGGUAAAAAAAAAGUACAACUAUUUACAGUAUCACCAUUCUUCACCAGUUGAUUUAUUACUCAAAAAAUUGCAAAUGUUUUCUUAAACGUUAUAUUUUAAUAUGCAAAUAUGCCAUUGUUUAUUUAAAUGUGCACUAAUUUGCAUUCGUCCAAGCACAAAGAUCUGAACAAUCAGGUUCAAAAUCCUUAUUUCUUUUUUUGUUUUGACUGUCAAAGGUUUUUAUGCAGAGAAUUUUGGAAAUCAGAAAAAUAUCAUUCACAAUUGUUUGGUUGAAUGAAAUGUAUAUAAAUCAAUUUACAUAUGAACAUAGCCUACUGUAAAAACUUUGGAAUAUAGAUUUGAAUAAAACUGUCAAAUUGGUUGUAUUGUUCAGUGUAAAAAAGUAAUAAUAAUAAACAAAUAAAUAAAUACAUUUUAAAUGGGAAAAAAAAUUAUUAUAAAAACUAUAUGCAUAUCGCAUGGUACCAUUAUAUCUUCUGUAAACUUUAAUAAUAAAACUACUGUAGAACAAAACAUAUCAAACAGAUUUUUCUGAAGAAAACAAAAAGUACAUUUAAAGGCUUUAAUACAUUUUGACAGAAAAGUGUGGCCCCUAAAUUAAGACCACCAGAGAAUUAAACUCAGGGUUAAACAUCAGUGUUUUUUUCAGUCUUCAGCAGUUUAACGUAGUUCUCAUUUCAUCUGCUUUCUUUUUUGUCUGCAAAAUAAUGUGCCGAUUCCACAUGAACAGUUUGUGGACAAAAGAGAUAAAGAGAUGUGUAUCCCUACAACAAUAAAUCUAGUUCACCCCAAAAUAAAAAUUAGCAUGUAAUUUACUCAUCCUGAAGACAUAUUCAGUGUAUAUGACUUUUUUCUGUCAGACGAACACAGUUUGAGUAGUUUUAAAUUUUAUUCGGGCUCUUCCAUGCUGUAUAAGGGUAUUGGAUGGUGACUUUUUUUUUUUUUUUUUAAUUUCAAAAGCUGAAAUUCCUUGUUUAACGAACCCACGCACCACCAGGGGGUCAAUGUAUGUUUUAUGAAGCAAAUCAAUGUGUUCUGAUGUGUUCUUGACCACCUCCAUUUACUUGACGCAUGAUGCAAGAUGCAUUUAUAGAGGAUUGAACCUUACCACAGUUUGUUUACCACAGAAAACGACUACGAACAAGGAAACUAGUUGUAUAUAUUAUAAAGUAGCGUCAAAGUCUCUUUAAGGCUAGUCAUUUCAGUCAGCAGCCAUCUUUGAAACGCCUCUCGGGCAGUAUGGUCGGGCAUUCUGUCUUAAUGGGGAAACAUGAAAUUCUCCAAAAUUGCUUGCCAAGCUUACGAUUAAAUUUCAGAAUAUGAAACAACAAUUAAAUUAAACAACAAUUGUCUCCUUAGUUUUGUUUCUAAACGUUUGACUUGCACAAAAUCAGCAGAAAUUCACAUCUGAUCCCAGCCCCUCCCCCAGAGAAAUAUAAGUCUAUAGCGAUCGCUGAUUGGUUCUUGUACUAGAAGGUGGGGCUUCAUUCGCCAUAUUGACUGUAACACUUUUACUUAUUUAAAACUAUACAAGUCUUGUGUAUUCUAUAGUCUUUGGUAGCAUCAAGCGAACUAUUUUUUCUGUUCGACGAUGUCUUCUGUUGAAGAGCCAAAAUAAAAUUUAGAACUACUCGGUUCGUCUAAACAAAGAAAUUCAAAUACAUGAGGAUGGCUUGAGGGUAAAUUAUAGGAUAUUUUUUUAUUUUGGGGUGGACAAUUCCUUAAAAGCCCAAGGUAUGCUUGGUAUUUUAACUUACACACAGUUUUAAUCUGUUUGAUAUUGUGCGCAAACUGAAGUUCUCAAUAUAUACAGUACACUCUAGAAAGAUUUACGCCAUCCAGUGCUUUUUCUGCUCGUUUAAAAUACGAGUUGAGAGUUUAUUUUAAUUCCCUAAUAUAUUAAUCUUUUUAAUAGACAUCUACUGUUUUAAUUAGUGAUCUGUUGUUGUUCUGUUUUUCCAGCCUGUACGCAAACUAAAUAGUAAAAAACUUAUAAUAAUUCAAAUUAGAUUAAAGAACAAGAUUUUGGGUUUAAAAGUGAAACUCCGAUGCUAGGUUCACACCAAAUGUGAACAAUUUUUUUCCACCUCAAGCAAAUUUUACACUUGAAUUGAAUUUUUCUUGCGUGCAAGUGAAAAUUAAGGCGAAUUCUGCAUGUUUGCACAAACUCCUCAUGCAUUCCACAUCAUUCACAGGCCUCGGUGGAUGUUCCCCUUAAUGUGUUUGCAUGUAACUUAAUCAUGCAAAUACUUAAUUCCAUAUUUGGUGUAAACUCAGCAUAAAAGCAAAUGUAAAUAGUGUGAAUUCUAAUGUACGGAAGUUAAUUUGUGCUAACACGUCAUGCGUGUUUAUGUAAAUCAUUAGGAUACAAUUUUAUGACCUGGUGAAUUCCGAAGAAAUCUCAAAAAUUUAAGCCAAAAACAUAGACAGAAGAAAACAUUGUUUUCAUUCAUUUCAAAGCCUCUCUCUUUCUCUAUAUCUCACACUCUCAUGAAAUUUUAACAUGGAUACAAGUAAUGAAUAUUUUCGACACUACUUUCAGUACUGAGAAGGCGAUUUGAGGUCAUUUUCAUGCGCAUUUUGUCAGUAAAACCAGUUCUACUACAUGUCCAGCUCAUGCGUUUAAUGCAGCAGAGUUUACUACACUAUAGAGCAAAACAAUCAUUUUCCGAUCAUGAACUACGGCUUUAGUUAAAGUUGCAUGUCAAACUACAACAUGUUUUUAUUCCAAAUCCAUCUAAAACUUACAGUCGAGCAUUUGAAAUAAUUCCUUCUGAGAGAUGAUUCCGCAGUCAUGUGUUUUUUAGUCACGCUAAAAUAAUUGAAAGCAGUUAAAUCUUUAGUUUAAUCAGCGACCAUUAUUUUCCCCAGUGGAUUUCUUCAUGUGUCAAUUGAGUUUGUGAUUUCAAUUCGAUUAAUCGCCCAGCCUUAUAAUUACCCAACAUGUGUGAAUUAGACAGAUCGGCAGUAAACUUUAAUCUUUGACAAUAAUAAACAAGUUUAUCCCCCUGAUUGGUCAGCUUCAGAUGGAUUGACAAGUCAGAACUUUCAACCAGACACCUUAAAAACCCUAGCCAACAGUUCCCAAAACAUUUUGACAUUUAUCAAAUUAUUAGGAGCUCGGAAGCCGCUUGUCUCGUAAAUUCCUGUCACAUGGUCUGAGCUCGAACCAUAUGAUCAUCAACGUUUUUCAUGCUAAUUCUUUCAAUAGGAAAAUAUAGUGUACAAGCUCACACGACAGCAAAAAAUUGCACUGUUUAUGCUCUGCUUUAACUAGUCUGAGCUGGUCUACCAGCCUAACAAUUGGUGUUUAAAUGAUUUAGCUAGUUGGUCAACUGGUCAAGAAUCUAAAUAACUGUCUAAAGCCAUAGAAAUAACUUAAACAUUAUUAGCUUUUAGCGUGGUGGUGAGUUCUUUAAGGAUAACCAGACAAAAGGAGAUUUACAUUUAGUUCCAGAAGUUGCAGAAGAAAGUAUUUAGGAUGAAGAUUCAGCAUUGAUAAUCUGAACUGUGAAAAUAUCCAAUCCCUGAGUUCACUGCACAAUAUUUGACAUUUAAUUAACCUUUCAGGACCAAAUUGUAUUUAUACUGGUGAAUUCUUUGUGAAGUGUUACAUUCAGAAGUCAACUAAUAUAUUUGUAAUAUUUAUUUUGUGCUGAUAAACUAUUUUUGUAAUGUUUGUCUUGUUAGGAGGCGAGUUUGGCAUCCAGAAUUAAUUUGCUUGAAGUGCUGAGUAAUAUCAGGAUUUAUAUUUGAUAUAUACUGUAGUAUGAGUACUUAUAUGUUGACUUGCAUAUUACAUAUAACAAUAUUGUUCCCAAAACCCUGUUGUAACACACCAUGUGUUUACUUUAAAGAUAAGGACAAAUUAAUGUGAUGAUCUGCCUUUAGUCAUGCUCUAUCUAUAUUUCAUAUAAAAACUAAUUGUUGAUCUAUGCAAAAUACAAUGUUUUCUAUGUAUAUAUUUUGUUUGUAAUGACUUUUCAUAGUGAUAUAUUUUUUACUUCUCUGUUUGAUGACAUGUAAUGUGAUUACAAGUAGAAUGUAAUAAAACUGAAUUACCUGCUAUUAAAAUAUUGUACAGUACAUUAUUGCAAAAAAUAAAAACACAGAUCUGCACAAAGUGUCUAGUAAUAAAAAAAGACUCUUUGCUUAAUAAUUUUUGAUCAUACUAGCCUAACGAUG